AUGACCGCGGCGCAGUUCGUUCCUAGGCUGCUGCUGUGGCUUCUUUGCGUGGGAGCCCACCGCGACUCGCAGGGCGUCCUGGCUCCGGCCACCUCUGUCAGUCAGAUCGACCAAGAUGUACGAAUUCCGGACAAAGCCAGGCUUGUUCAGCUGCCAGCGGGCAUUCUUGGAAUCAGUCUAGACUCAGGUAGUGGAAUUUUUCGUGGCGUGCAGCCUAACAUGCCUGGAGAGAAAGCUGGAUUGAAACGUGGUGACCAGAUUAUCGAGGUUGAUGGUCAGGCAUACCGUGCCGGAGUCUUUUGGACAAAGCACGGUACAAACCAGCCCAUGACCAUCAUGGUACGUGAAGCCCCGGAGAUGGCAAAGCUGCUCGAGCGCAUUCGGUGCAGUCUCGCCCUGCCCGCAUGUGCUUUGGGUUGCAUUCUCAUCUUGGCAUCGCCUUGGUGUCUCUAUUCCCGAUACGACAAGGGUCUUGCUUGGCAGCUGGACAGUGCUCGCAGAUCAUGCAGCUGGCCUUUCGUUGCGGCCGUGCUGGCAUUUGCAUGCGCUCGCACGUUCUCAGCGUGGCAGGAUAUUGGGCAUAUGGACUUUCUCACGUCGAUGCUUGCGCUGUCAGAAGUGGUGCGUUCCCUUUGCCUUGUUACGGGCACGCUCUCGAACAUGAAUAACCCAUCUUUCAGCUUACAACUGUUGGGCACUGUCUCAAGUGCCCAGCAGAAGAUGGAUUUGGCUGCCUGGACUCUGUUUGUUACUGGUGCUUUGUGUUCCUGCAUUGAUGCUGUCAUUGUCAUCUGGAAGUAUUUGCCACGACGUCCGGAAGCAUGGGGGCUUGGGGACUUCUCGGAUUCGGUGCUCAUUCUUGGUCGUGUUCCAGAGACAUUCAUGCUUUUGGCACUGUGCUCGAUGGCGUCCUAUACUUCUGCAGCAUCCCGGCAGCGCAUGCUCGAAGUUCAGGAGCGCAUGCCUUGCCAAGCCUCGGACCUCGCAGAGGAAGUGCACAAGCCUUGUGGUAAGGUUCUGCGGGACGCUGAAGUUGCGCUCUCCUCACUGGGAUGGCCCUUAGCCCUUUUGGCCUCUACAGCUCUGCCAACGGCCAUUCAGAGCUACAGCAAGGUUCGGGCUCUCUACACCAACGCCUCUCUCCGCCUCUUGCCCGGAAAUUGGGUCUUCAUCUUUUACCACGCAGUCCUUGCCACUGCCAGCCUCUUACCGGCUGCCUUCUGUUUGCAGCAUCUGUCGUCAGCCAUUCACGACUUCGAGGGUGCUCUCAACCGAGAACGGCUGCGGGAUCCCAGCCUGCACGGGCAGUUGCAAGCCAUGGAGACCGCACUCGACAGAUUAAACCGCAGACAGGGGUGGGGCAUCAAGCUCUUCCCCGGCCUGGUUCUCACGCAGUCACUUCUGCAGACAGUGAUCGUUCGUAUCGUCCUUGUCAGCGCUGCCAUCCUGGCUUUCUUGGAGAAGGGCGUUCCGGCGGUGACCUACGACUUCCAGAUUCUGCCAGGAGCUGCCAGCCGAGAGGUGCCCACGGGUCUCGAGCUGGUGCGGCAGAGGCUGCUGGAGAAGCGGCUCGUGAACCCAAACCUGGCGGAGUGCAAAAAGCGCGGAAUUCCUCACUACAGCGACAAGAAGUUUCACAACCCGGCCAUUGGCCCGACCAUACAUCAAGUCUGCGCGGGGCUUAUACGGCCGGUGACGGAGCACAAGGACCCCUUCCAUGGAAUCUCGCGCUUGAGCUAUGCCCUGAACCAGAACCCCCUUGGUCUCCUUUGCGACUUAUUCAUCUCACAUGCCUGGGCAGAGGGCAUCUUCGAGUUGACAGGAACGGUUCUGAACAGCUGGCCGAAGGAAUGCGGUGGCGCCUACAUCUGUGCCUUGGCGAAUCCACAGAACCUGUUGGAGUUCUUGAGUCGCCUCAUCGCGAAUCCGUUUUCCUCUCCCUUCUUCAGGGUGUUGCUGUGCCGACCAAAGAAGAUGCUCAUGGUCGCGAACGCCAACGUGCCCAUACAUUCGCGCCUUUGGUGUGUGUUCGAAGCCCAUUGUGCAAGACACCUGGAAGUGCCAACUGCGGUUGUUGGGGAUCCCGCCCACUUCGCCACCAACGCUGGGGCCUCGAAGAGCGCCGCGCGUGCUAUUGGCCGCGCCGUGGAGGCGCGAAGACGAGAGGAAGCCAUCAAUGACGCAGCCGAAGACGCAGCCGUGGACAUGGACAUCAUUGCAGCGUCCAUCUACGCGCGCCGCUAUGAGAAAUGGGCCAAGAAGGCUCAGCGGAGUACCGAGAAGGCCAUGGACAGGAUGAAGAAAGCCCUAGAUGUCAGGCUGGCCACGUGCAGCAGCGCGGACGACGCAGCCGCCAUCUGGCUGGCCAUCGCAGGGCAGACCGAGGAGAUCAAUGAAAUGAUCUGCGAUCUGAUCAUCCAAGAUCAACUGGCACGCGCCCCAAAGGGGCACUACAAGCUGACGUGGUAUCCGGGCCAGGAUGCCAUCGAAGGACUCUGCAGCAUGUUCUCGUAG